UUUCCUUGCGUGGGAUAUCAGGACACCUCCUCCAAGGCGUGGAGAAAAAUGAGGAAGUAUCAAGAGGACUCAUAAGUUUACUUUGACUUAUUAGUCAUGCAUCAUUAAGCUAUGAUAUUUAGUCUCUAUGGCAAAGCUGUGUCUCUUCGUGCUGGGCUGCGUGACAUUACUUAGGGCUGCUGUGUGCCUGCUGUCACCUUCUGAAGGAGAAAAUGUCACGUCCCCUGCAAAUGUCACCUUCCAAAAGGAAUUUUUUAUUCAUGUUUUAAUGUGGAAUCACGACAAAACCAAUGGUGAUGGCAUCUUGUAUGAAGUUGAGUAUAGAAGUUAUGGCUCCAACUGGACCUCCGUGCCUCACUGCCGCUAUAUAAGCCAGCAGUCCUGUGAUCUCACAGAGGAGACCUUGCCCGAGAGCUUUGGAUAUUUUGGAAGGGUCAGGAGCGUUCUUGGAAGCCAGACAUCAGAGUGGUCUCGAUCGACACGAUACAGAUUCACAGAAGUUAACCUGCCCCCGCCACAUGUAGAGUUGAAGGUGAAUGGCUCUUCACUACAUGUUGAGCUCAUUUUACCCAAGAUCACGAAGAACCACAUUACUCGAGACUACAAGGAUGUUUUCAAGUUUAACCGCAUAUAUAAAGUUUGCAUCCGGCGAACCAAAGACAAUCACAUGUUUCAGUACGUCAAGGAUGGCGAAAGUUUCAAUAUUGAAGGCCUUGUUGGGUCAAACGAGUAUUGCUUGAGUGUUCAGCCUUCAAUAUCGUCACGUAAAAACAUUGGAGAAGCAUCUGAAGAGAUCUGUAUUUAUAUCCCAGAACAAGAGUUUCCAAGCACUACCCUUCUGCUCCUGGCAGUCUGCACCCUGAGCUUUUUGGUCCUGUUGAUCUGUGUCAAUUUAUUCAUCUGUUUGUAUAUCCGUGGAGUGGUGAAGACUCCUAAAACACUGAAGUCCCUUAUGCAAAGAAGUUGGUCCUGGAUGGAUAAACCUCCCUCUCCUGUGAUUGAAACCACCCUAUGCUGGGAGACAGCCUUGAAGGAUCAUCUGAUGGCUGAGCCUCGAGACUCCCCCAUGCGCAGCAGUGCAGACAGUGGAUUUGGAAGUCAGUUCUUCAUCAACAAAAUAUUACAGGUGUCUCUAGUGUCCCCAGAGAUGAAAGGUGAAAGAGACAUAAGGGAGCCAAGGGUAAAUUUUGACUUUAAAGACUUCUCCGUACAAGAAGAAGAUCCUCCUGAUAGAAGUCUCCAAGGAGAAGACAGCGGUAUCAGCCUAUCAACCGGUUCCCCAACCCUCAAGCAUAUGAGCAGUCAUACUGAUACUCCCUAUAGAGGAAAUACACAGAAUUGUGAUAAUGGCGGAAAGGAAAUUGUGGUCAGUGUAAGACUGGGAUACCUGAAACAAUUAGAACCAGAGAAGAAACCAAACCCCUUUGAAGAUAAGGAUCUGGAGACCACAUGGCAACCACAAGUGAAAGAUUACCUUUCUCAAAGUCCAAAGAAUCUAUGCAAAGACCAAACUGACUGUGACUUGUUCCAAGAACCAUGGAUUCAAGUCCCAGAAAUAUUUCAGACUGCUAUUCCACAUACAGUAGCUUUUAGCCCUUUCAGCCGUGUACUGUGGGAUUUAGGAACCAGCGCACCAUCCCUUGGAGAUGUUGACCUCCUGGACACUAGAUCUUGAGCUUCUGAAGGGAGAUGUUAGUGCAGUUUGUAAUAAUCAUGGCAUCUGAAUUAGAAAGCUGCUGUAGGCAACAGUAGUGACUGACAACUCUACAAAACUAGGGAAAGAGUAGAGGUGCAAACAGGGCCAGGGCGAGGAUUAAGAAGGGGUAGGUUUGUAUUCUGCUAGCCAGUCAGAUACCCCAACUGGCUUGUGCAGCCUGUCCAGUAUGACUGCUGAACUGUCAGAGACAGCCUAUCCAGUGGGACAGAGCAUGGAGGCAGAGGGUGGGACAUUAUUAUGUCACAAUGCGUUUUGCAGUGUCCUUCAGAGAUACACAUUGGGAGGAACUCCUGUCAUACACCUCCAAAGA